AUGUCAGGAGUGCUUCCUCUCUUUCUCUUUUCUCUGUGUCUGACUGUGGGCUCAGUCCAGAGCCAGGGCUCCUCUCAAGAUGCCUUUAUAAUCCAGUACCUGGAGAGGAGACUGACUCAGAUGGAGGAGCGCCUGACUCAGUGUGAGCAAAGCACGGUGAGCGCCACCCAGAGAACCUAUGACCUCUCCAGUGAAAUCAGAGGUUACCUGUCCACGCUCAGUGUUCUCAGAUCUGAGGUGAAGAGCCAGAUGGACGGCAUGUCUGUGCGUGUAGACCGGAUGGAGAGAGAGCUGGAAUAUUUGGAAAACAAAAUUCCCAGUCAGUCUGAAAUUGAGAUGGAGGAGGCACUGCUGGAACAACAGAUAAAAGCUGCAGAACUGGACCUGCUGAAAAGAAAAGCCAAGAUCAAAGUGGAGAAUGACUGCAGCACAUCACUGAGUCAAAUCAAGUCUCUCAAGAUUGUGAAGAAGGCAGGAGACACUUAUGGUUCCUGGUUCAAGGACCCCUCUGAAGGAUCGGCUAAGGUCUAUCUGCUCAGUGGUCUUCGUAAUGACACGGUGCUGGAGUACGUUUCUCUGCAAAGCUUCACCGAGAGGACUUCUUCAUCUCCAGAAAAGGUGGUGAAGCUGCCUUUCCACUGGCAGGGCUCGGGUCAUGUGGUUUACAAUGGUUUCCUCUACUACCACAAAGCAGAUACAACCAACCAAAUACUGAAGGUAGACCUGAUGAAUGGCACAGUGGUGGACAGCACGUUUCUUCCGGGAGCAGGUCGUAUGCCUGUCUACAGUCUAAACCCUAACACCUACCUUGACAUGGCCGUUGAUGAACUUGGCCUCUGGGUGAUCCAUGCUGAUGCUGAGUAUGGAGGAAACCUGGUCAUCACCAAACUGGAUAUAGGAACCUUGGCAGUGGAGUCUACGUGGGACACAGAGUGCAAAAGCCAUGAUGCUGAAGGAGCCUUCCUAAUAUGCGGCACCCUUUAUGUGGUCCACAACACACGCUAUGGAGGACGCUCCACCGUACAGUGUCUCUAUGACAUCCAUGACACCAUUCACAGCAGCGAGAAUCCUGUGAUGUUCUUCCCAAAGCGUUACACCAGCCAUAGCAGCAUCCACUACCACCCCGGAGACAAGCAGCUGUACGCCUGGGACGAUGGCUACCAGACGAUAUAUAAAGUGGAGACACGCAAGAAUGACCAAGUCAUUCCAGAGUGAUAACUACAGUGUUCAUACACUGAUGUUUGUUCAGGACAUAUCUGCUUCGCAUUGUAAUGUGGUGGGGACCCCUUCAGUCUAAUUAUUCAACAUGACCAAUAAGACUACAAGAGAAAUUGCUCUAUUGGAGUUGUCACUGUUGCAAGAUGUGUUAACCAAAGAAAUGUAGCCAUAACUGUGCAAAAGCAUUCAAAAAAAUGUUUUUUUUUACAAUAUCAUAUGAAUUGAGGACACAAUAUUGAUACCCCGGUGCCUAAACAUAGCCACAGACAACUGAAGAACAAAGAAAAUUUGUCCCAGAAAGGACUCAAGCUGUUGUGUCCAGGUUGUCUUCGGGUUGGAGAUUGUAUCCCUGUGUGUCAGAAAAUGACACUGACGAGAAGCAGUUCCAGACCAAGUGUCAGUCUAUGACAAGCUGGGAGUGAGAAUGUGUUGGCUCAUUCUGUAUCCUGUAUUAAAAUCUCUAGUAUCACUUCAAAAUCAUGCAAGUAAAAACUGCUUAUAAAAGCAUACAUUUAAGAAAGCUAAUGAUGGUUUAUUUUAUAACCUGCUGUUGUUUAGUGAUCCUUUGCUGGCAAUGGAUGCUGCCUUUAUCACUGUGAAUGGUUACAGACAUAAACUCCAUGUCUGACCCAAGCCUUUCAAGCAUUGUACUUUAUAUCGCCACAAUAAAGAGCAUUCACAUGACGAUUUUCAGCAUCUUCUCAGAAUAAUGAAUUGUAUCUUAAAGACAUUAUUUAAGACAACAUUAAUUCACUGCUGAAGAUGCUGAAUAGUCCUUUCAAAUGUUAAAAUCUAACAACGCCAUAUGUAUAAGUCACUAAUAUGAGAAUUGUAAAACUUUAGCACAGCAGAGUCACAACAAAUGAUGAAUACGGAGAAGCUUGCUCAGACAAACAUGUUUAGAGGGAAACAGCCGGCUUAUAAAGACAAAGAAACGUGAACAUGUGUGGAGGUGGGGCGAGGGGAAGACAGCCACAUUUCAGCAGAAACAGUAGUAAACAGUAGCAGUCUAGUACAGUAGGUAUGCAGUGUCCCUGAAGGACAAGACCAGACGGCACCUCUGGCUCCUCUGUCUUUAAAUAUUUAAACAUUUUGACCACUGUUGUUUAUGUAUUGUCAAAGGAGGCUGUGAUUUUGCUACCAGUGACUUAUUCACUGAGACAAAAAAACAACAUUGUGACACAUAAAUGGAAGAAUUUAGGUGAGUUCCUGCUUUUUGCAGAUAGAGAUUUCCUGCAUGCAUGAUCUGUGCUGGGAAAUGCAUCUUUAGAGCUGAAAACUUAGAACAUGUUGCAAGAACUGUAACUGAGAAAAACUGUAUAACCAGCCCAUGACUCUGUUGCUGGUUCACCACUGCCUUCCUUGGACCACAUUUGAUAGAUACUGCACUGCAGAGCAGGACCACCCCACAGGAGCUGCAGUUUUGGAGAUGCUCUGACCCACUCAUCUAGCCAUCACAAUUUGGCCUUUGUCAAACUCACUCAAAUCCUUACGCUUGUCCAUUUUUCCUGCUUCUAACAUCAACUUUGGGGACAUGUUCUCUGUCUCACCCACUAACAGGUGCCAUGAUGAAGAGACAAUCAGUGUUAUUCUCUUCUGCAGACAUCGGUCAUAAUGUUAUGCUUGAUCAGUGUAAGUGACUUUUAGUAUGUGUCAGUGCACUGAGAUGUUAGACAUACUUGUGAAUCAGAUGAAAAUAGGGUGACAUCGCCCCCUUUUGGUUAUGAUUAGUUAAAUAUUUUUACCUUCUGACCCCAUCGCACUAAAACUCACCAAGCAUUAGAGUGAAUUCUCUUUGUUUUAAACUGGGAUUAAAUAUUUAAUUUAACUGGGGAGAUCAAAUAUAACAUGAUAAAGGGAUUAAGUAUGAUAAAAUAAAUAUAUUUAUUUCAUCGACAAACAGUCUGUUUAACUUUUUUAAAACCACAAAAUUGAGCCAAAUAAACGUGUGUUCUCCUGCACU